AUGAAAGAAUAUCAUAUUAGUAUAGAUACCAAGAAAAUAUUUGAUAGGGCAUAUGCCAUAUCUCUUAAAAUGUGUGAUAAAUUUAUAAGACCAUUUUUAUAUUACGGUUUCACACCAAUGAUAUUUGGAUAUGGACUUUAUUAUAAUAAUGAAUUUACCCUCAAUCCUUUUAAAUUAAUUCCAAAAAUUUUAAUAGGUUAA